UCUGCUCUCCUCAAUCUCGCCCCGUCUUCUCCUCUCUUCUCUUUCUCUGUCCAGUCCCCAGCGCGCGACACGGGUCAAGCUAUCAGCCGCCGCCGGCGAUCGCCGGAGCUAGGGGCCCGUGGUCCCGAGCACGCACGGCGCGGACCCAUGGUCAGGAGCGGGAGUAUGCGCCGGUCCUCCCUGCCCACGCCGGCGGCGGUGCCGGCCUUCACCGCGUCGCCCGAGGACUACCGCCUGCUGGAGGAAGUGGGCUACGGCGCCAACGCCGUCGUGUACCGCGCAGUCUUCAUUCCCACCAACCGGACGGUCGCUGUCAAGUGCCUGGAUCUCGAUCGGGUCAACAGUAACCUUGAUGAUGUAAGAAAGGAGACUCAAACUAUGAGCUUGAUAGAUCACCCUAAUGUCAUCAAGUCUUACUGCUCAUUUGUUGUGGAUCAUAACCUUUGGGUGGUAAUGCCAUUCAUGUCAGAGGGUUCAUGUUUGCACCUAAUGAAGGUUGCAUAUCCUGAUGGUUUUGAUGAGCCAAUUAUCGCCUCUAUUUUAAAGGAAACACUCAAAGCUCUAGAGUACCUCCAUAGGCAAGGACAUAUUCAUCGUGAUGUGAAGGCAGGUAAUAUCCUUAUUGAUAGUCCUGGUGUAGUCAAGCUCGGGGACUUUGGUGUCUCUGCUUGCAUGUUCGAUAGGGGUGAUAGGCAAAGGGCUAGAAAUACAUUUGUGGGGACACCAUGCUGGAUGGCUCCAGAAGUUCUCCAGCCUGGAACUGGAUAUAAUUUCAAAGCUGAUAUAUGGUCAUUUGGAAUAACUGCACUGGAGCUAGCACAUGGACAUGCUCCCUUUUCGAAGUACCCUCCCAUGAAGGUUCUUCUCAUGACACUUCAAAAUGCUCCUCCAGGUCUCGACUAUGACCGUGAUAAAAGAUUCUCAAAGUCCUUCAAGGAAAUGGUUGCCAUGUGCUUGGUGAAAGAUCAAACAAAAAGACCAACAGCCGAGAAAUUACUUAAGCAUUCUUUUUUCAAGAAUGCAAAACCUCCUGAGCUGACUGUUAAGAGUGUUUUGACUGAUUUGCCCCCUCUAUGGGAUCGUGUUAAGGCUCUUCAGCUAAAAGAUGCAGCACAGCUGGCUUUGAAGAAAAUGCCUUCUUCAGAACAGGAAGCACUUUCCAUGAGUGAGUACCAACGAGGUGUUAGUGCAUGGAACUUCGAUAUUGAGGAUCUAAAAGCCCAAGCAUCGCUGAUUUGUGAUGACGAUCCACUUGAAGUAAAAGAACAUGAUGACAGCGCUAGAAUAACUGGCAUUGAUAAGGAUACGUCUUCUGACAGUCAUUUUGGAAAGCCGACACAGUUGAAUGGAAAUCACAGCAGUGAAAGAACUUCUGCUGCAGCAAAUCAAGGUCAAAACAGCCCCGAAACAAGCAAAGCAUUGUCUUCCAACAAUGGUAGUGCCUAUAGUGAAAGGAAGGCUGAUGAACUUAGAAACCAGGGAUCAGAAAUUGAUCCGUUGCCCUCUACAUCAAAGCAUGACCCGGAUGGGAAAAAAAGUGAAGUCAGACAAACAAAAAGAACAUACUCUGGUCCAAUUCUGCAAUCUGGCCAGCAUAACAGUUUGUUGACUGAAAGGGGUCACAUUGUUGAAAGGGAUGUAGGAGGUCAAUCUGGAUCCGAUAAACAAAAGAAUGGUACAAGAAGAACCAAUAAUCUUAGCGGUCCUCUAUCACUUCCAACUCGUGCUUCUGCAAAUAGUCUUUCUGCUCCUAUUCGAUCAUCUGCAGGUUAUGUAGGCUCUUUGGGUGAUAAGCCUAAGCGUACCAUGGUGGAAAUUAAAGGCCGCUUCUCAGUGACAUCUGAGAAUGUGGAUCUUGCAAAGGUCCAAGAAAUGCCGGCGAGCAGUACCUCAUGCAAAUUGCAAGAGGGGCCUUCACUGAGAAAAUCAGCAAGUGUCGGUGAUUGGUCAGUGAAUGCCAAGACAAUGUCUACUAGUCAUCAACGGAAGGAACUCUGCAAUAACUCUGUAUCUGCAUCAAUUCUGAUUCCUCAUCUUCAAAACCUUGUAAAGCAGACUGCGUUUCAGCAGGGUCUGAUUACAGACCUACUAAGCAACUUGCAGCAAAAUGAGAGAGUUGACGCAGCCCAGUCAAGAGGCCAGGGUAUGGGGAGUGAUACAAUAGUUGAAGCGUCUACGGCUGAGGGAGAACGCUCCUUACUUGUUAAAAUUUUUGAAUUACAAUCUAGAAUGAUUUCUUUAACUGAUGAAUUGAUUGCGGCAAAGCUGAAACAUGUCCAGCUUCAAGAAGAGCUAAAUGCGCUCUACUGCCAAGAAGAAAUAGUCGACCUGAGAGAGGAAGAAAAUGAAUAAGCAUGAUGAGUUAAAGCUGGCCUUUCUUACUAGUAGGGAGGGAGCUCAAAGCAAUAUAUUCUGGUCUCAUGCAAUCGACGCUUGGCUAACUUGCCUGCCCUCAAGGUUUUUAAGGUGCAGUGGUGCUGAGCCAGCUUAACUCCGGGUCUCAUCGGAGAAGAAAUUGUUGCGCAAUCGAGAAACUGCAAUGAGUUUGAAGGAGAGGGGAGAGGUCUUCGAGGAGGUGUACCACCUACGAUCAUCGAUGGCUCGGUUUGAGAUUGACCGGUUGUUACAAAUAUGUGUAUUCGGUCUAUCUGUUUUGGCCCGGGUUUAGUUUUUCAGUGAGUUUGAGCUGUGUUCUUGCGGUGUGCGUUCAUUUUGGUCGCACCGAUCGCCGAGAUGGCGAGUGGCCAUGCUGCCAACCUCUAAUAUACUAGUAUAGCAGUAUAGCACCAUUGUACCGCAGAAAGACUGCGAGAAUAAUCGCAUCACAUUAGGAACAGCGGGAUGUAUAUGUACUGUAGCAGAUACUGUAUAAGUUAGCACCUUAUUUUUUGAAAUACAAUUCCGGCUGUAUGGGAACAGCUUUUCAUGCAUUACC